AUGCCAUCAACACAUAAUGCUGAUAAGCCAUGGGAUACUCCCGAUAUAGAUAAAUGGGCCAUCGAGGAGUUCAAAGAGGAACACAAUGCCUCUGGAGAACAUUUUGCAGAAGAAUCGCUGUUUAUGACAUUAUUCCCUAAAUAUAGAGAACAAUACCUUCGAAAUAUAUGGAGCUAUGUGACAAAAGCUCUUGAUAAGCAUCAUAUAAGAUGUGAGUUGGAUCUUGUUGAAGGUUCGAUGACCGUGAAGACAACAACAAAGACAUUUGACCCUGCGAUGAUUAUCAAAGCUCGUGAUUUGAUCAAGUUAUUGGCCAGAUCAGUACCUUUCCCACAGGCUGUUAAAGUCUUGCAAGAUGACAUUGCAUGUGAUGUUAUCAAGAUUGGUAACUUUGUUACCAAUAAAGAUCGAUUUAUCAAAAGGAGACAAAGAUUGGUGGGCCCAAAUGGAAAUACGUUGAAGGCUUUGGAGUUGUUGACUAAAUGUUAUAUUUUGGUCCAGGGAAAUACUGUGAGUGCGAUGGGGCCAUUUAAAGGGUUGAAGGAAGUGAGGAGGGUUGUUGAGGAUUGCAUGAAGAACAUUCAUCCAAUAUACUACAUCAAGGAAUUGAUGAUUAAACAGGAGUUGAGCAAGAACCCUGAGUUGGCAAAUGAAGAUUGGUCGAGAUUCUUGCCUAGUUUCAAAAAGAGAAAUGUUGCACGUAAGAAGAAGACGAGUAAGAAAGAUGGCGAGAAGAAGGUUUACACGCCAUUCCCACCAGCUCAACAACCUCGUAAGAUUGAUUUGCAAAUUGAGAGUGGUGAAUAUUUCCUUGGUAAGAAGGAACGUGAGUUGAAGAAGAUACAAGAAAAGAGGAGUAAACAAGAGGAAAAUAGUGAGUUGAAGAGACAAGAGAGGGCAAAGGAUUAUGUUGCGCCCGAGGAAUCUGAAUAUGAAAAUAAGUUAUUGAAUCAGGACAAAAAGGAGAAGAAGGAGAAGAAAGACAAGAAAGAUAAAUUAGACAAGAAGGAAAAGAAAUCAAAAAGAAAAAGCAGUGAGGAUGGUGAUGACAACGAGGAGAAAAAACUGAAAAAGUCGAAAAAGUCAAGCUAG